AGAUUGCAACCCGACCGGUCUACGGCGAUAAGAGGUCCCCGCCCCGCCCCGUGCCGGACCAUUCGUUUCGGGACCUGACAAACCCGCCAGUGGAUGAUGUAACCAAGUCCAGGCCCGACGUCCACUGUAACCUCAGCUGGAGCCUCAUCUUCACCUUUUCCACCAACAAUCAUUUGAAUCUCAUUUCAUCAUCUGUUUUUAUUCUAUUCACAUUCAUUCCAAGGCGAAUCAACACGCUCAGUCUCAUCCAAGUUACACAUCCGUUUCUACAAGACAUCGACCGUUUGCUCAUAUCUCAAACUCUUAUCGCCGAAAAUCCGUCAAAAUAGGCCGACACGGGGAUCACGGCCUCAGCGCCAAAGGAACACUUGCAGACUACGAAAACGACGACGAUUUUGUCGGCUUUGACGAUUUUGCCGUCGGCGGGAAAACCCAAAAGAAACCCAAGAAGCCCAAAAAGCCAAAGAAGCCACGAAGGAAAAUGGGUCAAGAAUUUUCUGCCGUUCCUGAAUCGACCAAGCCUGAGAACCUCUCAGAGCGCAGCCUGCCCGCGGUCGCCGACUACAUCAAGUCCGGCAAAGCUCGCAAGGUUGUUGUCUUGACGGGCGCGGGUAUUUCGACUGCUGCUGGCAUUCCCGACUUCCGCUCUCCCGAGACUGGUCUCUACGCCAACUUGGCCGCCCUGGACCUUGAGGAGCCCGAAGAUGUUUUCAGCUUGCCCUUUUUCAAGGAAAACCCAAAGCCAUUCUACGUACUCGCCAAGGACCUUUACCCAGGCAAAUUCCACCCUACCAUCUCGCAUGUCUUCAUCAGCCUCCUGGCCACCAAGGGCCUACUGUACCAGCUCUUCACGCAAAACAUUGACUGCCUGGAGCGCGCCGCCGGUGUCCCUGCCGACCUGAUCGUCGAGGCCCACGGCAGCUUCGCUUCCCAGCGCUGCAUCGAUUGCAAGACGCCCUAUCCAGACGAGAAGAUGCGCGAGCAUGUCAGCCGUGCCGUAGUCCCCCACUGCGAGAAGUGCAACGGUCUGGUCAAGCCGGACAUUGUCUUCUUCCACGAGAACCUUCCCUCUCUAUUCUUCGACAGGAGGCACAUGGCCGAGGAAGCCGAUCUCGUCAUCGUCCUCGGCACAAGCUUAACCGUCCAUCCCUUCGCCGGUCUUCCCGAUCUUGCCCCCGUCGAAGUCCCCCGCGUCUUGUUCAACAUGGAACGCGUAGGGUCCCUGGGCUCUCAACCUGAUGACGUCCUCGUCCUCGGAGACUGCGACACCGGCGUGCGGCAGCUGGCUGAUGCGCUCGGGUGGCGCGAGGAAUUGGAGGCUGAGUGGAGGAAGCUGGUAGGCAACGAGGAGGCGGACAGGCAACUGAAGGGUUCCUCGAAACGCCAGGUCGAGCUCCAGGAUGAGGUCUCUCAGCUGGUUCAUGACGUUGACAAGGUACUGCACGUGCAUGAUGUUAGCAGCGGCAGUUCUUCGCCUAGCCCGGAGGCUGUUGCGGAGAAGGAACCGAUCGCGGCAACUCAGCAAGAAGUCCAGCAGAGUGGACCUGCCUCUGUUGAGGAGAGUGUUGAAACGACAACGGGGACAGAAGAGGUCAAGGUUUCCAGUGCUUGAAGGGAGGAAACGAACUGGCGCAGGCGCCAAGUAGGAGAUGGCUUAAAUUUAGGACGGUUGGGCCUCUGCGACUUGGAUAUGCGAUUGUCAUUUUGGGCUGCUUCCGCAUCGCGGUGUUUGCAACCCGAAACGCUGUCACAGCAACGAACAUCCAAAUCAGCAAACAGUCGAAGGGAGAUGGCCAAUGACGGGAUGGUCCGUUGAAGAAGUCGAAUCCGACCGUACAAUAUUAUGCUACGGCAAAGUAUCAGCGACUGAUGGCGUUGGUAGGGUAUAGGGAAUUGGGUAUUGGGUAUGAGAAGGGUUCGGGCUGGCGAGUUGGUUCGCCUGUAUCACGCUAACUUGGUUUUACUGUUGUUCACAAUCAAAAUACCUGUUCAUGGUGUUUGCUUACAAUGAUCAUUCCUGCAAACUACUGGAAUGGCAUUCCAAAUCCUCUGGAGACCC